AUGGCGGCCGCGCCCUCCGCCGCCGCAGAGCCGCCGGUGAAGCCGCUGCAGGGCGCCAUGAAGCUGGCCAAGGCUGCCCUGGAGCUGGACGCCGGAGACCGGCCGCGGGAAGCCUACGUGGAAUAUCUAAAGAGCAUCAGCUACAUCGCCCAGGUCCUCCUGGAAGAGGCGGCAGCCACGACUGGGGAUGAAAAUGACCUGGCGCCUGACACCCCCAAGAUGCUCAAGGUAGCGGAGCAGUGCCUGGAAAGAGCCAAGAGCAGCGCUUCUAAAAUAGGAAAGGCCAAGGCCAAGCUGGGGGGGAAAAAGGUGGGCCCUGCUCCGGUUUCCCGGCACCGCAGAGUCUCUUCUGAUGAAGGCAGGAAGCUUUCGCCUUUUCUGCCUCCUGAGAUGUUCCAAAAGCUGCAGAUCACUCAAGAGCAGAGCCCCAGGAAAGAACUCAGCCCGCUGGAAGAGGCGUCACUGCAAAACCAGAAGCUGAGAGCUACCUACGAGGCCCGGCUGGCCCGGCUGAACCCCAACCAAGCAGUGCAGAAGACCUCUCUGACACUUUCUCUGCAACGUCAGAUGAUGGAGAAUUUGGUGAUUGCAAAAGCCCGGGAAGAGGCCCUCCAGAGGAAGAUGGAGGAGCAUCGGUUGCGGCUGCAGGAAGCUGCCAACAGGAGGUUCUCCAGUAAUGCGGUGCUGACCCCAGAAGAGCAGGAGCAGCGGGCCAUCUACGCGGCUAUCCUGGAGUAUGAGCAGGACCAUGACUGGCCGAGGAUGUGGAAGGCCCAGCUGAAGGAGCAUCCCAGUGAUCUGUCCUUGGUGCCAAAGCUUCUCUCGCACCUGCUCAGCUUUGCAGAUCAUCCUGUCUGCCAGUUGCUGAAGAAGCUGCAGUGCUCGGUCUACAACCGCGUCUAUCCUCUCAUCAGCCAAAGCAGGACAGACGUCUCGCGCGGCUGGUCCCUCUCCUCCUCGCUGGAUGCUGAGGCCUUCCUGCCAUCGGCCACCGAGGGACGGCGGUUGCGCUCGUCCCAAAGCUUGCACUCCAUGUUUUCUGUCCAGGAACACAACAAGUUGAACCUCCGUCAUAGCAUCUCUGGCACCCCCUUCAUCGAGGACCAGAGCCUGUUGCUUCCCCCACAAGGAGGACGUGUGUCCCCCCCAUCGGCUGACCGGGAGAGCUCCUUUGAGGACCUGGAGCAAUUUUUGUCAGCCUCUGAAGCACGUCCAGCAGGGCCCCUGCAAAACCCUCUGGCUGGGAAGAAGGGCUCCCAACAGGAGGCCCUCAAGGCGGUCGUGAAGGACAUUCACAACUCCAUCGACAGACUGCUGUCCCUGAUGCUGCUGGCUUUUGAAGGCCUCAACACAGCGGCCGCCAAGGAUCAGUGCCUGGCGCGGCUGGAGGAAGCCUUCUUUGGCCCACUCUGGGGGCCCCUCUUGACUGUGUACAGGACUGUCUACGGGGCCCAGGAAGAGGCUCUGUCCAGGAGCAUGGAGCUGCGCAGGAAGACCGCUCCGACUGAGAUGGGCAUCCCAUCCAAGCUGCUGCCCAAGGGAGAAGGGCCUUCCCCAUAUGCUGCGGCCGUGCAGGAGCUGCUGCUCCUCCCUCUCAGCAGCUGCCCGCAGAGGAAGCUGGAGUGCAUCGUGCGGACUUUGCGCGUCAUCUGUGAAUGUGCGGAGGAAUACUGUGGGAGCCGACUCCACCCGGCAUCCGCUGCUAUCGGUGCAGACGACCUCUUGCCCAUCCUCUCCUUUGUGGUCCUCCAGAGCAACUUGCCCCAGCUGGUCUCUGAGUGUGCCGCCCUGGAAGAGUUCAUCCAUGAAGGGUACCUGAUUGGGGAAGAGGGCUACUGCCUGACCUCCCUGCAGAGCGCCCUCUCCUACGUCCAGAGCCUGCAGGGGCCGGUGCUCCGGAAGUAACGGAGCUCCCAGUGGUGGGGGCUACCCCUCCCUCCUGCCUCGCUGCUCCUUGGGGAUGCUUUUUGGAGGACUGCAAAGGGAAACUGACCAGCUGGACCAGGCACCCCUCCUAGGACUACUAUUGCACAAUAUUUGGGAGGGGGUGCACGUAAACUUUGGUAUCAGCCCAACAUUGACUAGCAUAUGUCCUGCCCUGCAGGUCUUCUGGCACUGUGGCUUCUGUCCUGGUGUGUUGCAAGAUGCUUAGCUGCCCCCCCCCC